CCAAGGACAGGGAGCCCAGGCAGACAGCAUGCUCUGCACUGCCUCACUGCCCCUCUGUGAUUCAUCCCAUCCAUUACAUCACGGAAUUUCUCAUGUGCUCUGCAAUCAAACCAAUGGAGUUUGCUGAUCCCACACCGACCUUGCCACCAGGCUUGGUUGUUCGCCCUGGAAAAGAUGUCCGUGGAUUUUAUCCUGGAGAAGUGGGACGUGUCCACCAGACAUAUGUGCCCAGAAGAGCUCCAGGGCCUUUCAUUAGACUAAGACCAGCUCCAGUAAACUAUGAAGCCCAAACUCCAUUUCAACCUGUCUUUGACAAUUCAGCUCUCAGGAAUUAUGCCCAUUUCCAAAACACAGUGAGAAAGCCCACGGCUGACUGGUACCACCAAACUUCCUACAAGGCAGCAUUUAACUUGUCUAGUCUCAAAACAGGUCAUGAAAAUAAACACACACCAACAACAGUUCCGGUACCAUAUACUACCUGGAAUAGACAUCCUGGUCAGAGGAUGGUUUCUGCUUCCUGGGCCUACAGUUGAGUGGAAGAAUGAAAGAAAAAUCUUGGAAAAGGAGCAUAAAUCACUCUUGCAAUCAAGGCAGUCGUUAUUCUUUAACUGCACUAAUACAUCAUAUCAUUUUAGGCUAUAGUUAUAGUGCUUAGAAACCCUGUUUCACCUAGGAAUAUGAAUUCCCCAACUGUAUAAAAGGAUGGUUUGUACAGUGGAGUUAGGACAGUGAGAAAACUGAAACAUGUCUUGAACAUGAAGGUCUCUGCUUACCACAAGGUAAACAGUAAACCCUAUUUACUCUCUGGAGAAGAAAAUUUCACUCCUUAAGCCAAGGAUGCCUCCAUUCCUUGGCUGGUAGUUUUAGUGACAGUCACACAGAAGACAAGAACACUCUCUCAUUAUUACCUACUUUUCACAGUUCAGGACUAAUUCACCUCCUUGCCUACUUUUCACCUUCUGAAGGUUUUUAAAUUAAGUAUAGUAGUUAUACCGCACUCUCUCACACAGAUUUUUACUUCUUGAUUUGCCCUAGCUUGAGAAGAAUAGGAUGGUUCUCUCCUGAACUGUGAGGCAGAGACCAAAACUAGAAGGUAGAGCCUCCUGUCAAAGAGAAACAAGUAUGAAGCUGCUUCAUUUUCUGCUACUGAGGAGAAUAAUCCUUACAAGUAAUGCUGAUACAAAGGCCUCUUGACAUAUCUGCCAUUUUUUCAGUAUUCCACAUCAGCCUCCUCUUUCCAUGUUACACUACUAAAAUACACACCUUGCUAACUGCUCUGCAACGUGCCAACGAUUUAACAGGAAAUUCUCCUUCUAUCCAAUCUCAGACAUGUAGUUAUCUAUGCCAUAAUAUGGAACAUCUGAUAGUUCACUUAUAUUAAAGGUUUCCUAUAUUUGUCUCACAGCCAGAAUCUACUGAACCACCCCCUGCCCUAUCCUGACAAGUUGCCCUCCCCACUCCCCCCCCUUUUUUUGUGAAGGAAAAAUAAGUUUUAUUUGGAAUGAAAAGGAAGCACAUGAGUAACACUGUACAGUGCACAGAAACAAGUCACCCUCAGAAAUCUGGAAUGGGAACAUGUAAUUCUUGGGUUCUCGCCAAAAGAAAUCAGAUUCUUUGUAUUAUAUCACAAUGCUUAUAAAUGAAAAUCAUUCUGAAACACUUUCCAACACUACUAAGAUAAAAUAUGUUUAUGUCAUAAUGCGAAUGCUUAUUAUUUUCCCCGUCGAGGACAAAUGCACAGAAUAUUUUUAAAGUUAUUUCUAAAGCAGCUCAAUUUCGAAUUACAAAACUGUUUGCGCUUUGUUAGCUCUCCAAAGAUCUUCCAUUGGUUGUGUAAAAAAAAAGUUUAAAAGGGCAUCAGAACAUUAAGAACUCUCACCAAAAAUAAUCCUUUUUAAUUAGAGAAACAGUUUGCUGAAAUACAUGCUUUGGAAGUAGAUAAGUGCAGGGAUUUAUAAGUAAUAAUAAUAAUAAAAAAAAGUAACAUUAUAAAACAUUUAACUCAAAAAUCAGAACUGUUCUUUAAUAAUUGCAAAUGAACUUUGUACAAUAUCAAUUUCCUAACUUCCCGAGCACACUUUCUGGUAAACACUUGAGUGUCCUCCGUGAGUUACAAAGAGUUCAGUUUUCUGUGCUAUACAGCUAAAAAAAACUUGGCAUCACACCUUUUGUUUAAAAAAAACACAGAUCACACAAUAAUUUAGACAGCAUUUAUAGCAUUACAAAAUCAGAAUCCCUCUCUUUAAUCACUCACAAGAGCAGCCAUAAGGAAUACAAAUAAUGAGGAUGUAAAACUAUCUGUGCAAAACUGCAUUGUUUUUACUGUCUAAAAUUUCAGGGAAGUAACACCGCCAACAGCAGAGAGAGGACAACAAACAGUCAUGAAGUAAUGACACCUUAGAUUUCCAAACAGGAAUUACAUUAUGAACUAACAUCAGGAAAAGAAAAAACAAAAAAAUUGAUGGCACCUUGAAACAACAGAUGUUCUGGAAUUUGCAGUUGAAUAAGAACAGAUACAAGUUCAAGUUAAAAUCUCUUUCAGGAGUAGCAAUUGAUUUAAGAAUAUCAACUCUAGCAUUUCUUUCCAUGCAAAAAAAAAAAAAAAAAAAAAAA